AUGUUGAAUGCCGGGUGUAUCGCAACCGCUAUUCUGGCGAGUGCGACUGCUUGUCAGGCAGUAAUUUUUAAGCCACAAAAUGACUUUGAAGCUAUAUCUGGACCCAAUCAUUCCAUUGCGUUGGAUCUACGCCCAUUUGUCAAUAACCGUGCAUUUGGCCUGAGGCCUAACGAUUCGAGCUUUGAUGGCCAAGGAAACUCAUAUCCAGCCAAAGAGAUUCCGCCAGAGAGGUUCGCUUAUGGAGGAGUUAAUUAUCGAUUCUCUCCAUACAAUGCAUCUGGCUACGACAAUGUUUUGGUCAAGGGACAAGAGGUUGAAGUUCCUCGUGCGAAAUAUUUCAGCUACCAGAUGCUUGCUGCAUCAGAGUCUGGAAUGGCAGCAGGGUCGGUCACAGCUAAGUAUGCCGAUGGUAGCAAUACGACUGGCCCGUUACUCGUCCCUGCAUGGUGGAGCUGGCCGUAUCCCGCUGGAGGAGACCUAAUCUUUUCUUCUUAUCUCACGGAAAACAGCACGAAUUUCAACCGAACCAAUAUUUUCCAAACCAUAAAUUGGCUUGAUUCGUCCAAAGAGCUUGUUUCACUAAAGUUCCCCGAGUCCUCAUCUGGGUCUUCAACCGAACCUGGAGGCGCCGAAGUUGACACAAAACUGCACGUUUUUGCCUUGUCGCUCCUACCCGCCUCAAAAGGCGUUUCAAGAACACCAAGGCUUGAGACUCAGUAUGCUCGUUCUACGCAGAAAUGGAUGGAAGGCACUGACAAAGUCCAAAUCAUCGAGGUUCUGGUGAAUAAUGUUGGGUCCUCGUUCAUCUUGCGAAAUAACACUGUUAGAGUCCGGGUUGAGUCGCCGGGCCUGGAAACGGUCACCAAUGGAGUGAUCAAUCGCCUUGGGCCCGGUGAUCAGGCUAUAGUGGAGAUCGGUGUUAGAAAUCGCAACGGAGUGAAAUCAGGAGAAUCUGGCCCAGCCACUGUGGUCAUCGAAGGCGAAGGAGUGGCAAGCAGAAAGUAUGCUUUCAAAGCGUCCUACGGUAUUGCCCUGUACAAGGCUACCUACGAGUCCAUCUACAGCCAUGAAGCCCCGAGCUGGUAUAACAAUGCCAAGUAUGGGAUCUUCAUCCACUGGGGGAUUUAUUCAGUGCCCGGUUGGGGCAAUUCGGGAUCGAAGGAGAACUACGCUGAGUGGUAUUGGUGGUGGCUCGGCAAAGGUCCUAGUGAUAAGACUGAUGUCUACGACUAUCAAAAGAAGACUUACGGAACAGAACUUGCAUACGAUGAUUUCAUUCAGAAUUUCACGGCGGACGCGUGGGAUCCUAAGGAAUGGGUUGAUCUUUUCGCCGAUUCCGGUGCAAACUACUUCGUUCAAGUCAGCAAACACCAUGAAGGAUACGCUCUUUUCGAUCUUCCUGAGAACGUCACCAAGAGAACAUCUGUGGCCAUGACCCCACACCGGAACUUAGUACAGGAACUUUUUGACGCUUCGAAAAAGUACCAACCCCACUUGCAUCGUGCGGUAUACUACUCUCUACCCGAAUGGUUCCAUCCCGACUACAGAAAAUAUGGGUUCUCUUCAUGGCCUGGAGGAAAUGCUACCAAUCCUUUCACGAACGAAACACUUCCGUACACUGGAUACGUGCCACUUAACGAUUAUAUUGAGGAUAAAAUACUGCCUGAAAUGAAUACUCUGGCUGAUAUGGGCACUGAAAUCAUGUGGUGUGAUAUCGGUGGACCUAAUCGCACUGUUGAGUUUGCAUCACAGUGGUUCAACCAGGCAGCAGAAGAGAAUCGGCAGGUUGUGAUGAACGCACGAUGUGGCCUACCGGGAGAUUUUGACACCCCUGAAUAUGCCCGGUAUGGUGGGGUCCAGGUUCGCAAAUGGGAGAGCAGCCUGGGUAUGGACCCGUACAGCUAUGGCUAUAACCGCGCAACACCCUUGGCUAGCUAUAUGAACGCUAGCAGUAUUGUCACGGGCCUGAUUGAUAUUGUGAGCAAGAACGGGAAUUUCCUUCUAGAUGUGGGCCCAACUGCGAAUGGGACAAUUAUCGAUGUUGAGCAAAGAAACCUUCGCGAGGCUGGUGUUUGGAUCAAGGAUCAUGCUGAGGCUAUCUUCAACACAACAUAUUGGUUUGUCACUCCCGAGGAGGGUGAUAAUGUCAGGUUCACCAUCUCGAAGGAUGCUUUCUACAUUCAUGCGCUCGCCAAGCCGAACAGCACUUUGAUCUUGAAUAGUCCCAUUCCAUGGGUCAAUGGUGACAAGGUGACUGUACUGGGUGGGAAAAUGGAUGGUGAAGUUGUGCCAACAAGUAAGUCUAGCAAUGGAUCGGUAACCCUUUUCCCAACCAAGGAGAUUGUCGCAGCCGAUCGGUUUGCUUGGGUAUUCAAGAUCUCCUAUUAG